AUGCUCCGACGUGGCUCGGCCAACCCAACGGCCGUCUGCCUGGCAAUGGUACUCCUGUGCCUCAGACCCGCCACAGGCGCAGUGGUGGGGCAGGCGGCCCCAGUAUCCGAGGAGGGCGAGGUGCUGCAGUUUUGCAACACCACGGCACCCCCCCUCCUCGCCUCCACCAGCUCCAAGCAGGACUUGAUCGGGCCGCUGCUCCAUGUCGCCAUCUCCACCUCCAUCGUGGGGUACCACAGUUUUGGCUGGGCCGAUUCUGGCCGCCCCACCCUCCUCCUCAUCCACGGCUUUGGCCAGUCACUGGACAUGUGGGAUGACCUCAACAUUAGCAGUCCGCUGACCAUUCAAAGCAUGGCAGAGGACACCGUGGAGUUUAUACAGGCGUUACAGCUGCCCCUACCCCCCAACCUGAUGGGUGUGUCGAUGGGCGGCUUCAUCGCCAUCGCCGUGGCAGCGCUGCACGGUGACGCCAUCCACAGAGCCAUCCCCAUAUCGGCCAGCGCUGGGAGUCUGGGUUCGGAGCCCCCCACCGACAAGGGCCUCAGCAUUGUCGCCCAGCCGGAGAGGAGGCCCCUGGACAUGCUCAGCCUGUUCUACCCCCUGAACACGACACGGGGUGCAAAGGCAGCAUGUGAUUCCGCCUUUCAGAGCCUGUACAUGCUGGCGGAGGCCACCAUCACGGAGGCCUAUGGGCGCCAGGCCCUGGCCAUCCUGCACUAUUUCAAUGUGGAGACGGCGGUGUGGGAUGCCCUGCCGCUUGUGAGGAACCCCGUUCUGCUGAUUGCGGGGCAGUACGACAUCCUGGUGCCGGCGCAGUCCUCGCGGGCCAUGGCUGCACGCCUCCCUGCCCCCUGGCUGGUCGUCAUACCGGAAGCAGGGCACGGGGUGGCGUCCCAGUGCAGGGACACUGUGCUGGACCUCGUGGAUGCCUUCCUGGGCUCCCCUGAUCUGUAG